GUAUACGGUGACGGCACACAUCGAAUAAGUAAUUAAUCACGUAAAAUCACAUCCGAGUCCAUUAACGACGGCGCGAUCGUCGAAUUUCUCCUAAAAACCAGACCGGUGUAAAAAGAAUAACAUCAAGGCCCGACAUUUAGAUCACGAACUGUGUGUUCCGAGUGGUUAGCACAGAGCAUUCAGUUUCAGAGAAGCUUCCGCCAUCCUGCAAAGAACAGAAAUACGGAUAGGUGUACGUUACCAAUUUGUUGAGCCUUCGAGUUGACACGAUGGUCAUUUUGAAAAUCGCCAUUGUAACCGUUACCGUGGUAAUAGCAUUCGCGUCCGCGUGGUCUACGCAAUUCCCUCAAAACAUGUUUCACGCGUUUCCGUCACCGCCACCACCGCCGCCGCCGCCACCUCCACCAGCUCAACCACCGUUCAGAUCACCCUUCCUCCAGGACACCAUUCCGUUGUUACCACGUGGUUACUACCACGUGCAACAUCCACCUUUUACGCAACCACUGCAGCCAUACCGACCUGCACCGCCGCCGCCACCACCGUCGUAUCCACAGUCGGCCGUGAGACUGAUCGCCCUUCAACCACCGCGACCUUUGGCAUUCCCACCGGCACAGCAUCAGGUUCACACGGCCGAUAGCGUGCAUCACGUGCAUGUGUUCUAUUACUAUUACGUGCCGGCCGACUUGGCACAGGACACGUCCAGGAUUGGUCGAAAGGAUGGCGGAAAUGACCGAGGGACACCGUGUGUCGAUCAACCGCCACCUACGACUACUGCGUGUCCUCCGUCGUAUAUUCCGCCACCGCCACCACAGUCACCGUCGCCAUUGCCACCACCUUCACCACCUCCGGCUUCGAUCGCGGCACCAACCACACCACCACCACCACCACCACCACCACUACCACCGCAGUCACCACCGUCGGCACCGACCGAAGCUCCUUGCGACGAUACCGUGGUCGUAGACAACGUGGAGUACUACCCCUAUUCGGGUAGAUCGGCACCGAUCGUGGUCGCGGCCAGGUACAAUUCCGGUGCCGCCCGUGACACUAACGGCAAUGGGCCGCGUGACAAUCCGGGUUCCCGGGGGCCGGAGCACAGGUCCAGUUUUAUUUUGGCCAACUAUCUGCUGCCGCCGGACAAUAAAUGACCGUGUCGCGCAAACACAACAUCAUUCGGUAUCUUCGUGCAAUGUGCAAGUAAAUUAAGAUGUAAAAUUAGAUGUAUAUGUUACGGGAAACACCAGGGACGCCAGCAGAAAUGUAGCUCAGGGGAGGCAAAAAAAAAACGUAAGUAAAUAUAAUCUAUGAGAAGGUUUACCAUUAAUUACCUCUUUCAUGUGCUCAUAUUUUGUAAUACUAUCGUAAAUAAUGUUCUACAGAUGUAUACUAAUUUAAGUUAAUAUAAAAUUACACUAUUAGCUCAAAUAUUUAUAAGAA